AACGGCAUGUGUGGUCUAAAGGAGAAGCUCGCGAAGAUGCAAGAGAGGGAACGCUCCCAUAAGUUUUUGAUGGGCUUGAAUGAUGCCCGGUAUGUGGUUCUGCGGUCGAAUCCACUGGCACAUGAACCUGUACCAUAUGUGGGAAGAAUGUACAAUAUUCUUGUUUAUGGUGAAACCUCAGAUGAAGGUGGAUUGAGUAGUUCCACCUCGAUCGAUUACUUUGAAAAUGAUGAAGAGAUGCCAGUGGAAGAGCAGCUGGACCAUUCCACAAGGAAUGGUAGAUCAGAGAAAAGUGGAGAAGCAGGCAUGCUACAGGCAGUCGACCUGGUGGACCAUCCUGAUGUCCACAGUCGACCGAGAGAGCAGAAGUUGCAACUUAGUUCUUCGAGCUCGUCCAAUGAUGUGUAUACGGACCUAUAUACUGCACCUAACGUGAGGAAAAUCGACAGGGCCGGUUUCGUGGUUCAUUCCAUAGUAACCAUGGAGAAGGACGAAGUAAUGGCAGCAGAGGGCAGAAGCAAUAGUGAUGGAGCCAUGAUGAGAGCUUUAUUCCAAUGCCAAGGCCAAAAAACCCUCCAAACCGCCAUUCUCGCCGUGGAAAUUCUCCUCCUCCCGCCGGGCCUCGUCUCCACCUUCCUCAUGCUCCGGCGGGCCGCCGCCCACCUCCGCCUCCUCCUCCCCGGCGGCGAGCACUGGGCUCGCCGGGUCAGGCUGUCGCCGUCGCCGCCGCCGCUCUUCAUGUGCGUCUUCGUCAACUCCAUUGUCAUCCUCAUCUUGCUCACCUCUUCCAAACUCCACCGCCGCCGCCGGAAAAAUGACAGCCUCUUCGACCUUUUCUCUUACGAUGCCGGCGACCCGGCGGCGGUUGGCCUCCCGUCGGGAACUGUGUCGUCACCUCCCGCGGCGGCUCUAACUGUUACACUUGAUUAUCAAGACCACAACGACAACAAUGGAAGGAGCUUAUUAAGGGACGAUGAAGAUCACAUAACAAAGGAGAACCUCAACGAGCCCUGCCGCGACACAAUCGAGGCGACAUGGGCGGCGAUCCACUGCGGCGGUGGCGGAGACAACAAAUUCAAGAAAAGCGGGACGUGGCCGAAACCGCCCCCGCAGCCUCAGACAGCAGAACAUGACACAUUUAAUGCCCUUCCGCCGUCUGUAGCGGCGGCGGCAGCAAAAUCACCAACGUCUGUGGUGCCGGCGACAAAAUCACCGUCACCAAUGGCGGUGGCGAAAAAUUCGCCGCAGCCAUCUGUGGCGGCAGUUGGUGUAAAGUCGCCGCCAUCUGUGGUGACGGCGACGGCAAAGUCGCUGCCAUCUGUGGCGACGGCGAUGGCAAAGUCACUGCCAUCUGUGGCGGCGGCUGGUGUAAAGUCGCCGCCAUAUGUGGCUGCGGCGACGGCAAAGUCGCUGCCAUCUGUGGUGGCAGCGGCAAAGUCACCGACAUCCGUGGCGGCAAGAAAGGAGAAAGAAUUGAGAAAAUCGACGACAUUUACGGAUGCCGUGCCGGCGACGUCCCGGCGAGGCGGGGACGGCGGCGGGGUGCGGGGCCCGGAGGAGCUGGACAAGAGGUUCGAAGAGUUCAUACGCAACUUCAAUCAUGAGUUGAGGCUGGAAAGGCAAGACUCGGAGGAGCGGUUUUGGGAGAGAAUAAAGCGCGGACUUAAUUAAUUAAUUACUACACUAUUAAGAGUGUUUUUUGAUAUUAUAUGUUCAUAUUAUUAAUAUUGUAACUUCUACAAUGCAAUAAAAACAUUAAACUUCU